AUGAAUUCCGAAAAUACAAACCAAGAACAAGAACAACAAAAGCAGCUGCCUAUGCCUAAUGAAGACAAUACUGUAAUAGGCCGACAGCCAUCCAUAUACUCCCUCACUCUAGACGAGCUCCAAAACACCCUCAAUGGUAGCGGCAAAAAUUUCGGGUCCAUGAACAUGGACGAAUUCUUGAACAGCAUUUGGACUGCCGAGGAGGCCCAGGCCCAGGCCCAGGCCCAAUCCCAAGCCCAAUUUAGCUCUUAUGUUCAGCCCACGAGCAACAUCCCAGCACAGUUCCUGCUGAAGCAGGGCUCCCUAGCCCUGCCCGAGCCUCUGUUCGGGAAAACGGUGGAUGAGGUCUGGUCCGAAAUCCACAAAGUCAACGAGGUCAACUGUGCUGUGGACGAACCGGCCAAUCGGCAGCUGACACUUGGCGAGAUGACGCUGGAGGACUUCUUGGUGCGGGCUGGGAUCGUGCGGCAGCAGAAUGGUGGUACUGGUGAAGAAGAUGUUAACUGUCAGCUUAGUGUGGGGCCCACUAAUUUUGUGGCUGGAGGAGUCGGGUGCGGGGGCCCGCGCAGGGUCGAGCGGCGGAGGCGGAAGGCUGAUGGGCCAGCUGUGUAG